UUUCAGUAAAUUUUCAACAACCCUAUACAAUUUGCAAUAAUAAACAACAAAAGUGGAAAUAAUGCAGGAGCUCAAGCAACGCUUUGAGCGCCGCCACUUGGCGGAUGACCUGAAGCAAAAGCAGGCAAUCCAAGAUCGUCUGCUGCAAAAGAUCCUCUUCUCGAAGCGCCUACUUGUUGACCAUGUGGAGGCGUUGGAGCAAUGCUUGCAGGAACUGUCGAAAUCCACCAAACCUAGCCGGCAGUGGCUGACCACGCGGAAUGCCAGCCUCUUGCUGGGCGGCACUUUGGUGGAGCAUUUGGUGACCCCAAAGGGAAUUCGUUACACAAUGGUUCCCUCAAUCCUCAUCACCGGCACCUUUGCUGCAUUGUUCGCAGUUAAAAGCGUGUUUGUAUGCCGCAACAAAAUCGUGGAACGAAAGUUAGAGCAACUGGUGAAAACCAUCGAUGAGUUUGGCAACUGCAUCCGCCGGAAUAUGACGUACUUUCAGGAGAUCAUCAUAAUGAAGCAAGCAGAGCUUAUUGAAUCCCGGCAGAUUGAACGCGCCUGGGAUUGCAUAACAGCCGCCAAGGAGGUAACCGAGAUUCUUUACGAUGCCACCCGCAAGCUGGAGACUGACUAUCCUCUGCCGGCUAAAUAUGGCCCGUAUUAUGUGCCCAUGGAGGAGCUCAGGGAGUGCGAGUACUUUAAAAACAAUGUCACGGACUACAGCCCCAAACACAUAAAGGAUUUUCACAACAUCUUCGCCUACGUUCAGUCCCAGUAUCUUCUCCGGCUAGCGCUGACAAUCACCACUCGGCCUUCGAUCUCCCAGUUGAGCGAGGACCUGGUCAAGAUCGAUUCCCUGAUUCGGCAGUUGGUCCAAGAGGAGGAGCAGCACUUUAGCAACCUGGCCUUGGCAAUGCAAAACAGGAAACAGAUGGAACUGGAAGAACUAAAUGCCGUCAAGGUGGAGCAGCAGAAAAGCGGCCCCAUUGCUGUGUUGCAGCAUUCCUCUCUCAAGUUGAGUGCCUGUAUGGUAGCCGUUGCCGGGGAAUGCCAGGCUCUAGAUGUAACUCUUCAAAAGCUCACGGCCACUGAGGCGGCGAAAAAGAACAACUCAAAGGAGCUGGUGGCGGUGGCCAAUAACAUGCGAGGCAUUGAGAACGCCCUGGCUGUUUGCUGCGAUGACUUCCAGAGACUGAUGCUGGUGUAUAACAAGUUCCUGCACAGCAAACUUGACUUGGAGGAUGAGGUUCCACAAGCAAAGAAGGACAAUCUGGACGAGGUAUUCCCCGAGAGCAUUUUGCGGGUGGAGUUCUCUCAGAACGUGGAUGCUCCUCAGCAAAAAGAUGACUUUUACGCCUACAUGUACGAUGAAAACGAGGAGCAGCAGUUCGAGGCGGAGCAGCACGCUCCCUUCCCUACUCCCGAGAAGGAACUUCUUAAUUUCGAGAAGCGCAUAACCAAGGGCAAGUUUAAGCCCGUUCUCAAGCAGCUCAAGGAUCGCAUUGAUCCCAUUCGACAGGUGAUGCUGGAAAAGGAACGAGAAGUCCUGGCGUCCAAGGGUAUCAACGUGGACGAGCUCUUCGGAAAAAUUGAGAAGGUGGAGCAGCAGCAACAGGAGGAUAAUCGCUUAACGGAUAAUGCCACUUCUCCCAGCUACGACUCGUCCGACAAUUCGGAUUCGGACUCAGCAGACGAUUCGGCCUAUUAUCGGCGGAGCAAGCAGCACAAGGAACGCGAUAACUUUGCCGAGAUGCGUCAGUUUCUGGCGCAGAAGCAGGCUAUUAAUCUCUUUAAGCUCCCACCUCCACCUGUAAAUGCUGCCGAAGAAGAGCUACUCGAGAGCGAGUGCUAGUCUUGUUUUUGUUUUACGGUCACAUGCCUACCAUCUCUUUGACUCUGGGUAUUAUCUUUUUAUGUUUAUAAAGUUUAUCUCACUGGUGGGGUAGAUAAUCUGAGCGUCAAGCGACGCCACCUGCAUCCUGCCUUGUUCCUCAGUUUUUGUUUCCCAUGAUCCUCUGUUGCUGUAAAAAGAAAUUCGUGCGAAAAUAAAAGUUUUUAUGUAGAA